AUGAAAAAAAGUGGGUUUAAGCGUGUUGAAGAAGCAUCGGGAGCGUCUACUCUGUUAAAGGGUAUACCUGAGUAUAUAGCUCCCGAGCUCUAUGGACUCACCGAGUGGGGAACUCCUUAUGCUCGUGAUAUUUGGGCCGUUGGCGCGACACUGUUUUUCAUGCUUGUCAAGAGGCCUGUCUUCGAGAGCUUCGAACAGCUUUCCGAAUAUGCACCAAACAUCGAGCAUUUCCCAAAUAGGCCGCUUGUUGAUGUUGGCGCAACUCAUCUCAGCAUUGAGUUUAUCUCCUCGUUGAUGCGUACUAUCCCAUGGGACAGGCCCCCGACUGAGAUCGCAAUCUUGCAUGAAUGGCUCAGACCAAUUCCCAAUCACGCCCCGAGCUGGCAGAUGUCUAACUCUACACAGGCGAGCUCUCAGUCGCCAAUUGAUCCAAUGACUGAAGAAUUUGUGUCGGAAUUCAGGUCGUGGGAUACAGAACCUUUGCUUACGCUGGGUGACUCCCUCCACCAAAAGCCUAAUGGCCAGCGGGGUGCUCUAUCUACGGAAAUUUUGGAUGUUGCAGUGCACUGUCAGACAAUCAGUGCUUGCGGCGGCGUGGUCUGA